AUGAAGCCGUCAACAUUACGUAUGCUGUGCAAUCUGAAUCAUAGGGCAAAAUAUGCAAGAAGAUUUCCAAGAACUUUCUCUGCAGAAGCGCCUCGGCCAACCACACAUUUUGGCUUCACCGAUGUUGAUGAGGUCGAAAAGGAGAAGAAAGGUUUUUUUUUAACUGUGAGAUAUAAGUAUGUGAAAAAAUAAAUUUUAGUUCACGAAGUGUUCGCGAAUGUUGCGAAGAAGUACGAUUUGAUGAACGACGCGAUGAGUAUGGGAGUUCAUCGGUUAUGGAAAGAUUACUACGUCGGCGGCCUUCAGAUUCCGAGAGAAGCGAAGGUUUUGAUUGAAAGAUAGAACCUAGAAAGUUUCAUUUUACUGUAUAAACGUUCUGAGAAGAUAUAUUUUCAGUAUCUUUUUAGAUUCUCGAUAUGGCCGGAGGAACGGGCGACAUCGCUUUCCGGAUGCAUCGAAGAGCUCCCACAGCUCACAUAACAGUUGGGGACAUCAACCAGAACAUGCUGGAUGUCGGAAAAGAGAGAGCUUCCAAUGAAAAUGUUAUUUUUCUCUUUCUUUGUUUUCUUCAAAGAUUUACAAAGGUAGAACGGGAAAUUUCUUACAUGGGCUCUCAGAAAGAGCUGGAAAGGUUCUUUUAGAAGCUCCCAAAAAACGUGUAAAAAACUUUUGAGCUUCUUCUUAUAGUUUCAGAAAAUCUUUUUUGAAUCCACUGAAAUCUUUUUGAUAAAGCAUGUGAAAAAGAUAUGUUGGGGACCUUCAGAAGGUCUUUUUUUGAAAAAACCUUCUGAGGAGCUUUUCGGUUUUUCCUAAAUAUUUCAACUUUCAGGUGAACUUAUCACACCUAAAUUUCGUCUGCGCCAACGCGGAACAUUUGCCAUUCAGCGACGACUUUUUCGACCUUUUCACCAUGUCUUUCGGCAUCCGAAACUGCACUCACGUUGAUAAGGUUUUUCCGACAUUUUAUUGUUUCGUUGACGUUUGCAGUGGAACAGCCAUUUUUCUCGUCGAAUUUUCGGAAUUCUUAUCAUUGAAACUGAACGAUUUUGUUUUGAAAUGGUUUUUUUAAUAGUUGACUAGAAUUUUUUUGAAAAAAAUAUUUUUUUGUUUGUCUGUAUUCCAGAGUGGCUGCGAUUCCAUUGAAAAAAAAAAAACUUUUUUUUUCCUCCUUAUUAAAAACGCUCGAUUACUGCAGUUCAUUGUAAGCUUUAUCAUGCGUCAUUUGAAACCUUGAACUCAUUUAUCGAAAUGAUAUUUAGGAAUGGCAGAAUCAUAGUCAAAAUUGAGCUGAGCUUUGGAAGAGAAUAUCAGUCUAGAAGGUUUUUUUUAAUGAUUUUUGUUCUGCUUGAAGUCAGCAUUAAAAAAAAUUCUCAAAGUUCAAUGAGUUUUUGGAAAAACUCAGAGUCCUUUCCAAUAAUUCCAAGUACAAGCCAUAUAAAGGAAGAGCUUCAAUUUGAACGUUUUGAAAAAAAAAAAAAAGAUCAAAAUUUACUUGGUUGAUUGAAAAACUGGCGAUUUUUAAGGGAAAUUCUGUAGAAAUUUCUCAAGUCAAAUCUUGCUGAAAAUGAAUUCAAGCUCUUCAUUAAACUUUAAAAUGAUUAAACUAUUUUAUUAUCCCUCCAAAUUCCAGUUGAAAUGAUUGCAGGUGCUCGCAGAAGCAUUCCGAGUCUUGAAGCCGGGCGGCCAGAUCGCAAUUCUGGAGUUCAGUGCCAUCAACGAGUCUCUGAAGCCGCUCUACGACGCCUAUUCGUUUAACAUAAUUCCUGUGAUGGGCCAAAUCUUGGCCAACGACCGCGAUAGUUACCAAUACCUCGUUGAGAGCAUCCGAAAGUUCCCCAAUCAGGUCUGUAAUUAAUCCUUGAAGGAUUUAUGGGAUGGGUCGGAUAGGAUUUAUUUUAAAAAAAAAAGUCGUAAAAAAGAAAACUCUCAAUGAGAUCCGUUUAAAAUCUACCAAUCGCAAAAUAAUGACAACUUUACUUUUUUUGACUUUUUGACAGAAAAAAGAGGAACGAGUGAAAUCCUAAAAAAAAAUCAUGAAAAUCAAGUUGUCAGGAACACCAGAGUCGUCCCUAUAGAGGUUAAGGGAAAAAGGGGCGAAAAAGAGCUCCCUAGAGGGGUAAAAUCUAGGUGGUCAUUAUAGGGUCUUUUAACUUUUUAUUCAGAUUCGAAAAGUGAAAAGAAAAACUCUGUUGAUACUUUUUUAUUCAAAAAACCCGAAUUUUUUCGCAUAGAAAUUGUUUUUCUCCUCGGGUUCAUAAAAAAUAAUCGACUAGCAUUUACCCUAUAAGGUCACUAACUAAAACCCCUGAAGAGACUACUCUGUAUUUCCUAACUAAGGGAAAUGUUAGAGGGGUUUAUAUAGUUUGAAGCUUUUUAUCAAGAAAUACAGUUUCAAUCCUCAUAAUUUUGCAGCAAGAGUUCGCCAACAUGUUCAUGAAAGAAGGUUUCUCGUCGGUUUCCUACGAAAACCUCACCUUUGGCAUCUGUUCAAUACAUCGAGGCAAGAAAAUGGCCCGCUCACUCAAACUUCAGCCCGAAUAG